GUUUUCGAUUCUCACGUGUCGCCGCACCGUUCACGUUUCAGAAACUCCCUUCAUACUCGAUGGAUUCCCCAGGAACCUCCACUCUCGGCCAUCCGGCCGAUCCAACGGCGGAGGACGGAGGAACAUCGUCUUCGCCUAACAUCCUCGAUCUCACCAGCUUCCAGCUCCAUGAUCUCGACGCCGUUGAGCUCCCCCUGAGUCUCUCCGAGCUGGACUUGACGGCAAACCGUUUGUCGGCGUUAGACCCUCGUAUUUCCGGGCUAUCGAAUCUCAAGAAGUUGUCCUUUCGUCAGAAUCUCCUUACAGACGCAGCCAUCGAGCCUCUUUCGUCGUGGCAAACAAUAUCCGAACUUGAGGAACUCGUAAUCAGGGAUAAUCAGCUUAAGAAACUUCCAGAUGUUAGCAUAUUUAAGAAACUUCUGGUAUUUGACGUUUCAUACAAUGAAAUCCUAUCACUUAGUGGAUUGUCCAAGGUCUCUAGUACAUUGAAGGAACUCUAUGUCUCUAAUAAUGAAGUUACAAAGAUGGAAGAGAUUGAACACUUUCAAGAGCUGAGUAUUCUUGAACUUGGGUCAAACAGAUUACGGGUAAUGGAGAAUCUGCAAACUUUAAUAAAUCUACAAGAGCUAUGGCUUGGCCGCAACCGUAUUCGAGCUAUCAAUCUUUGUGGCUUAAAAUGCAUUAAGAAGAUUAGCAUCCAGAGUAACCGUUUGACAGCAACAACUGGAUUGGAGGAAUGUGUUGCUUUGGAAGAGCUAUACCUAAGCCAUAAUGGUAUUGAAAAAAUGGAAGGCUUAUCAACCUUGGUAAACCUUCGAGUCCUGGAUGUGUCAGCAAACAAGCUUACUGCAAUUACUGGUAUUGAAAACCUGACUAGCUUAGAAGAUCUCUGGCUGAACGACAACAACAUAUCAUCUCUUGAAGGCAUAGCUGAUGCAGUUAGUGGUUCACGACAGAAGCUGACGACACUCUAUCUCGAGCGCAACCCAUGUGCAAAUUCUCCCAACUACGUGACUACUUUGAGACAAGUUUUCCCAAACAUUCAACAGCUGGAUUCAGAACUGUUUGGAUAAGCCAGAAGAAACAUCAUCAGCUCUAAUCUAACAGAUGACAUGGUGAGGUUCCUAAAAGAUGUAUGAUCCGUCAGCUUCAUCAGUUUCAAGAUGCUGCCAGUGACAGUUCUUUUAUUCAUUUGUGAGUUGUCAAUUUAUAAUAUUGCAUCCUCAGAAGCUAUAGCAUUAGCAGUUAUCCUCACAUGAAGUUUGUAAUUUAAAUUGCUUUUUAUAUCUCAGCUGUCUUGAAUUCUUCCAAUUGUCUUGGUUUUUUUGCCUCAGGUUUAGAAAAGUCAAAUUUGACCAAUGUACAUUUUUUGACUGAAUAUAAUUGUACGCAGCUUUGAAUAUUAAUCAUGUAAUGUUUUUUAGAAUUCACUUAUUUAUUUCACUAAAUCUAUCAUGUGUCAGGUGUUUGUGACUUGUUUUCAACGUACAUAAAGAUUAGCUGUUUUUGAAUCAUUGGGUAAAAAAUUGUUUGAAACCUCCUUCAAUUUAUUUCGCCUCUGGCUAUACCGCAAAUCGAGGAUGCAGUGUAGGACAGCAGGAGUGUCCGAAUGGGACUAUGAGAUCAUGUGCAUC